AUGACCCACUGUAUUCCAGCAAGGUACUCCUUGGCCAUCCUUCUAAUGGGAGUGGUUGUCCACCUCUUCACCCUGCGGUCUAACUUCAGUAUUAUCGUCGUUUCCAUGGUGAAACACCCUCCCCAAAACAUCGGCAACAGCUCCGGAGGGAUUGAAUGUUACGUGAAUACGUCAUAUGGUAAAUACUCAGAGGUGGAUCAAUACAUGGCGGCCAUGUUGUAUAAUGAGACCAGCGUAGUAUGGAAGGAAAAUUCUACAGAACAUAAAAGUCAGGACACAUUUUCCUGGGACCCCAUCACCCAGGGCCGCAUCAUCGGUGCCUACGCGUACGGUCAUGUCUUCAGUCAGGUGAUGGGAGGGUUCCUGGAGGCCAGGUUUGGUGGGAAGAAAGUUCUCGGCCUGAGCAUCCUGCUCUCCUCCGUUCUGACUCUGCUGACACCCGCGGCUGCUUUCGCUGGAGAAUGGUGGCUGUUUGCAGUUCGGGUGGUGGUCGGAUUUGUGCAGGGUGUGGUAUUCCCAAGCCUGUUUGGUAUAUUGUCCAGAUGGGCGCCUUCGGUGGAGAGAGGCCGUCUUCUUACAAUCGCCACUCUUGGGGAAACCUUAGGGAUUCUUGUGGGGUUUUCAAUCACAGCACAUCUUAUUACACAGUUUGGUUGGGCAAUAGCCCUGUACAUUACAGGUGCUGUUGGCUUGGCAUUUUGCUGUUUGUGGUGUUUGUUGGCGUUUGACUCACCUGCCAAACAUCCAAGAAUAUCUGAGACCGAAAAAGCGUACAUCGAGUCCAAUUUAGAGAACACGAAUGAGGAGAGAAACAUUCCGUGGUUAAAAAUGCUAUCAACGCCACAUCUUUGGGUACUAGUGUACAUCCACUGUACGGAUAGCUGGGGACUCGACAUUAUGAUGACCAGUUUACCUCUCUACAUUGAUACUAUAAUGAACUUCAACAUCGAUACCAAUGGUGGCGUAUCUGCCCUGCCGUACCUGACUAUAAUGGCGUCGAGGGUACUUUCGAGUCUCAUCAUCGAUCCGGUCAUCAACCAAUCACGUUUUCAAAAAGUCAACAUUAGGAAAGUAUGCAUUUUGGUGUUAGUCGGUGCUGCAGCCUGCCUCGUUGCCGUUGGUCACGUUGGAUGCGACUCUACUACAGCUAUCGUCCUUCUGUGCCUGGGUAUGGCUUUUAGAGGUGUGAUGGUGCCAGGGUUUUAUCCCAGCUACACUGAUCUCACGCUGGGCUACUCUGGUGUGGCGUUUGGAGUCAGCAACAGUGUAGCAAACUGUACUGGAUUCCUCGUGCCUCUCGUGGUGGGGGUUCUCACUGAUAAGAAUCAAACAGUAGCAGCCUGGCAGAAAGUCUUCUACAUCAGCGAGGCCAUUUUCGUUUCCGGUUCCGUCAUGGCUCUAGGGUUCCUCCGGACUGAUCCGGUUUCCUGGGCAAAGGACCCGGAUGAAGACAAACUACCGCAGCCAGCACGGGAUAGCAGGGUCUACAACAGGCGGUUAACUAGCGCCGUUGAAGACACUGCGUAG